AUGCUAAUAGCUUCCGCAUAUAUUGAACCGGAUUCUGACGCCAAUAAUACUUUAGAGCACAUAGAUAAUUUUCUCCAAACCUCCCGAUGGCCCAAUACAAUUAUAGGUGGUGACUUCAAUGGAUGGCAUCACAUAUGGGGCAGUAAGACCAACAAACCCAGAGGAUGUGUGGUGGUGGAGCUGGCAUAUGCAAAUGACCUCUUCAUCUGCAAUGUCGGCAGCUCACCCACUUUUGAAACCGUCACACACGGCAGGGAUCGGACUUCUAUAAUAGACCUCACAUUGGCCCAUGGAUACAUAUAUGACCGUAUAGUCGGGUGGAAGGUCAACCUCAGCGCCUGCCCCUCGUCGCAACACAACGCUGUGGAAUACGAGAUUGAAAUUGGGAAUUCUUUCUCAAAUUCGUCAUCAAUAACCAACUCCACAUUUAAAUAUAACAGCAACAAGGCCAAUUGGGGAAUAUUCAAGGAUGCACUUCACACGCUUAUGACCAACACAGACAUAUUAGAGAGAGAUAUCGGAUCGCUUAAUACAGCUGGCUUGGAAAACUUGAUUGAUGACAUCUGCGAGGUAAUUCAUAAAGCGUGUGAAGAAUCUAUGCCGACAAAGAAAGGCCAAUCCCUCACGAAGCAUUGCCCGUUAUGGUGGACGGUGUCUAGAGCUCCAACAUUUCCCUCAACAGUGAAAAGGAGCGAUAGUCAAAAUCAUACCAAAGCCGAGCAAGACUCCUUCCGCAAAUUGGGCAAAUUGGGCUCCUUCCGCCCAAUAGGGCUCUUGUCGGUCUUUGGAAAGUUGCUCGAAAAAUUGUACAUCAAGCGGGUCACAUUUUGUGCAACUAAGGCGGGACUACUCAACAGGCGUGAGUUUGGCUUCAAGGAACAGACCAGCACGACUGCAGCCAUAGACAUGGCGCUCAGUAUCGUAAAAGCAACCAAGAAGAAAGGUAAGCAGGUGCUGGGCGUUUCUUUGGACAUCCUCUCCGCGUUUGACAACGCGUGGUGGCCCGCACUAUUUGAGAGAUUACGUGCAAUACGAUGCCCUAAGAACAUCUUUCAUUUAAUAGAGAGCUAUAUGACGAACUGCACAGUUACAUUAGAAUACGCAGGAGCGCGGGUCACUAAGCGCAACACUAAGGGCUCGGCCAAGGGUCGGCAUGCGGACCCAUUCUAUGGAACGUGGUUCUGGAUGAGUUGCUUGAGGCUGAACUUCCAAGUGGAUAUCAUUUGCAAGCCUUUGCGGAUGUUGUCUUACUUAUCGUCUCCGCAAAGGAUGUAA